AUGGAUUGGGAUGCGGACGCGGUGGUGCGGGCCUUUGGCCGCGGGACGGCGGCGGGGGCGGCCCUCCACAAGUGUUACGUCCGCCCGUCGAAGCCGUCGACCCUCGACCCCGAACUCCAGCAGCGGCUGCGGGCGAUGGCGGAGGCGCGGGCCGCCAGCGAGAGGGCGCAGUUCCACCCAAAGCCGGUCCCGAAGUCCCAAGCGAUGAUUCCACGCCCCCGCGUCGGGCUCCCGCAGCGGCCAUCGCCGGAGGACAUCGCCCGAUACCGACUAGACGCCCUGCCGCACAAGAAGAAGGAGAGCGUCAUUCGCAAAGAGACACGCGCCAGGAGUCCACUAAAGCCCCCACAGUUUAAACGACCAGUGAUGACGACAGAAGAAAAGGAACGACUUGGACAGAUUUUUCAAUUCGGGGAGGUGCCGCAGAAGCCAGUGAAAUUUACAGGAGCUAACCGUGUACGCUAUGGCGCAAUAGAUAAGCGGUAUCAGUUAAAAGAACGCUUUGAAAACUUACAAAAACAAGUUCAGAGCUUAAAAGAAGAAUUACAAGAAUUACGUCAGGAACAGAACGCUGAUACAGAAAACACCGCAGAUGGUUCAGAACCGAUCAUUAUAGCUGCAGGACCUGAAAUUAGACGACGAUUUCAUAAACGUAAUCCAAUGAAAGCCCUAGAGCGAAGGUUGAUGGAACAGGAUCUCACACGGGCUAUUGGUGAUGCUUUGCUAGAGAUGAAAGAAAUAGACGCCGCGAUUUGUGAACUGAACGCAAAUGAGGCAGUGAAGUAUGGCCUAAAGCCUUGA